CGUAGAUGCAUAGUACGGAGUAAGCAAGCCGACAUAGUAAGGGAGCUACUCUAUGAAAAAUGGAGACAUUUUUGGGUGUGCUGCAGGCAAAAACGCUGUUAUGAAGUUGUUAGAGCUCCUCAGCAAUUGCAUAACAGCGUUCUUGCGUGCAGCACACAAAAAAUGUCUCCAUUUUCCAUAGAGUGGCUCGCUCACUAUGCAUGUACGUUACAGAUAAACGUCUAUAUAAAGAUUAGACUGUCGACACGUUUUCUACCGCCCUUGAUGUAUCUAUAACAAAGUCGCACUCUACAGACCCUCUCAAAUCAUAUUUCCCCAACAACCCUGACCUCAUUAAUUCGUUAUGAGCGCAGCUGCUUCCCCAGUCAUCGUGGUCGGCGGCGGGCCCGUCGGUAUGACUGCCGCCCACGCCCUCUCCAGAGCAGGCAUCGACUUCGUCCUGCUCGAGAGCCGAUCUACCAUUGUUCUGGACGCUGGAUCAAAUUUGGUCUUGUCACCAACUGGCCUCCGAGCUCUUAGCCAGUUCGGCAUUCUGCCUGCCUUGAACAAAGUCAGCUCCCCGCUUGCCAAGUUCAGGCGGUUUGACCAUCAGGGACGGAAUAUUGGAGACACCAUGUUUUUCACUUACGUCCAGCAGAACCAUGGUGAAUAUCCGCGAGUCAUCAGUCGCCAUGACCUGAUGCAGGUCCUUUGGGACUCUCUUCCCGCCGAGACUGCGUCGAAGUUGCAUACCAACAAGAAGGUGUCACACAUCCGCACAACUGAGACGGGAGUCGCCGUGCAUUGUGCAGACGGAACCUCAUACUUGGGGUCCAUGGUGAUUGGUGCCGAUGGCACUUACAGUGCCGUCCGAAAAUACAUCGACGCCAUGGCGAGCCAGGAUGAGGUGAAAGACGAAGCGGCUCAGAAGGCAGCAGGACAGGAGGAGCCUUUCCUCACCACCUAUCGCUGUCUCUGGGUCCGGUUCCCGAUGUUGCCUGGUGUUGUGGCCGGAGAUGCUAGCGAGUCUCAUGGGCCCCUGGCUACGACGCAGUAUUUUGCGGGCGAGGAAACAGCGGUCGUGGGCGUCUACGAGAAAUUGGAAGAGCCUACACGCCAUCCCCGCCGCUACACGGCCGACGAUGAAGCCGCUUUUGUAGCCAAGUGGGGCCAUCUGCCGCUGACCAACGGGGCCAGCCUGACUUUGCGCGAGGCUUACGCGCAGAAACAACAAUCAGGCCUUGUCAAUCUCGAGGAGGGAGUAGCCCCGAACUGGACCCACGGGGGUCGGGCUGUCCUUGUGGGCGACGCCGCCCACAAGUUCACGCCUUCGACCGGGGCUGGCUGCAAUAACGGCAUCAUCGAUGUUGUGGUCCUGGCUAACAAGCUGAACCAGGCCUUCGCCUCUUCCCAGGCUCCUUCCACCGACGAGCUUGCCACCGCGUUUCUCGAGUACCAAAACACUCGCCAGGAGGCAGUGGCGUCUACUUGCAGGCUAUCUGGCGGCGCAACGGCAACAGCAACCUGGGACACUUUUCUACUCAAAGUCCUGGACCUCUAUAUUUUCUCGCUUCAGCUGGUGCAAAAGUUAUUCGUCAACCGUAUCGCAAGUAUUGCAGCCAACACGCCGGUUUUCAACUAUAUCGAGGGCAAAGAGGAGAUUAAAGGGGCUGUCCCAUGGGCCUGUGCGAUACCGUCAUUUCAAUCGCAAAAGGGACUUUGACACUAAGCUUCUUUUCACAUAAAAGACUCCUGGUCUGUUGGAUUGUAUGUAAUAAUAAGCGCUGGGUGUAAUUACGGCUUAGAACAUAGAUUUUCAUGAUUUUUUGUGUUGCUUAGUAUUUAGCAGAAUCAAAGUGCAGGGUCUCCUAAUUCUAGGAAUACCUCUAUGUCAAAAGUUCAGACUAUAGCAAAGAAAGUCUUGUUAUAAGUACUUUACUUGUAAUGUGGCUCUUUGUAAAGAGGGAAAUAUCUAGUACCUUUAGCAUAGGUAAAAA